CUUUGAAGACAUACAUAGAAAUAUGUCUGGGUGUUUCCUUUUCUUCUUACUGUCUUUGUUUCAAACUUGUUUCCUUUCUUCUCCUUCUCCUUCCCCUCAAUUAUGUCUCCAUGACGAGAGAUCUGCUUUGCUGCAACUGAAGCAAAAUCACUACCAUGCCUCUCCAGAUUACAACUACCACCGUCUCAACUCUUGGAAGCCAAAUACUGAUUGCUGCUACUGGGAAGGCAUCACCUGCGAUGGCACCAUUGGUCAUGUAGUUGGGCUUGACCUUUCUAAUUCAUCACUCUUCGGCUCUAUCCAUUCCAAUAGCACUCUCUUCCAUCUUCGUCAUCUUCAAAUGCUCAACCUCUCGUCGAAUGGUUUUGACUACUUUGUUCCAACCGGGUUUGACAGACUCUCAAGGUUAAUGCAUCUCAACCUCGCUGUUAACUCUUUUUCCGGACAAAUCCCAUCACAAAUAUCACAACUCACUGAUUUGGUUUCUCUUGAUCUUAAUCGGAACAUUUUUGGGGGCCAUAUCCCAUUUGAAAUCUCAAAGCUGGCCAAGUUGGUUUUUCUUGACCUCUCUUUCAACUAUGGGUUAUCUUAUCUUGAAAGCCCUAAUUUGGGAGCAUUAGUUCAAAACCUAACUAUGUUGAGAGAACUACGUCUUGAUUGGGUGAACUUGUCAGCUCAAAAAAAUAGGGAUUGGUGUCGUCACUUAUCUUAUGCACUACCUAACCUUCGUGUGUUGUCAAUGAGGGAUUGUUCACUUCCAGGUCCCUUGGAUGCAUCCAUCUCAAGCCUUCGUUUCCUUUCGGAGCUCUACCUUGACGGCAACCAGAAUCUCUCUUCCACGGUACUAAUUUCUUUAAUGAACCUCAAUUCUUUGACUGUCCUUAGUCUCAGUUCUUGUGGAUUCCAUGGAGAUUUUCCAACCAAUGUUUUUCUUCAACCUAAUCUGAAGCUCAUAGACUUAUCUGGAAAUUCUCUCCUCUCGGGUCAUUUGCCUGAAUUCCCUCAACUCAAUAGUGCUGCACUUGAAUAUCUAGAUGCUAGCCAGACGAAAUUCCAAGGGAAGUUGCCAAGUUCAAUUGGGAAUCUCAAGUUUUUGAAGGAAUUAUUUCUCUAUGGUUGCAACUUCUCUGGACCAAUCCCACCUUCUCUUGCAAACCUUACCCACCUUACCGUGUUGGAUCUUUCAUCCAAUAGUUUCAUUGGUCAAAUUCCUUCCUCUUUCAGGAGGAGCUUUCCCGAUCUUGAGGAACUAUACUUGAACGAAAAUUUGCUCCAAGGGCCGAUCCACUCCUAUUUGUUUUUUCUCCCAUCAAUCCGUUUGUACUUGUCCGAUAACCAAUUCAGUGAAGUCAUAAAUGAGCCUGUUCACAACAUUUCUUCCUUUUCCAGUCAACGGCACUUUGAUUUAAGUGGCAACCACUUCAAAGGAGAUCUAGAAGACCUGAUUAGAUCAAUUUCCAAAAUCAAAGGAACAUUUCAGGUGCUUGACCUUUCAGGAAAUGACUUUGGCUACACAGUGGAAGAUGGAAAUCUUUCCCCUGAUAGUGGGGACAAUUUUCUUGAUGCUCAAAUUCUAGAAUUGUGGAUGACUUCUUGCAACAUUAGUAAAUUCCCAGAUUUCCUUAGGAACCAGAAGGAAUUGACUUAUUUAGAUAUCUCUAAUAAUAAAAUUAAUGGUGCACUACCCAAAUGGAUAUGGAAAAAGAGUUUGACAUACCUAAACCUUUCUAACAACUUGUUUACAGGUCUGGAAUUGCCAUUGCCCAAUCACUCCUUCAACAUUAAAGCAUUUGAUCUUCACUCAAACAUGAUGCAAGACUGUAUCUCAACAGUUCCAUGCUUCCCUCAAACAUUCAAUCAAACACAAACUGAGUUUGUAUCUCCUAUCUUAGGGAAUCUCACGUCCGUUCUCUCAAAAGCCACCUUCAUUUCAAUUUCGGACAAUAAAUUGACUGGAAAAAUCCCUUUCUCAGUUUGCAAUCCGAGUGAUCUUGAUAUUUUGGAUUUGUCCAAUAACCAACUGAGUGGAACCAUUCCAAUAUGCCUCGGCAGUAGCAAUUUGGGGGUACUAAAUUUAGAGAGCAACAAAUUGCAUGGAUCCAUUCCUCCUACUUUCAGAAAAGGAUGCAAUCUACAAAGACUCAAACUCAACAAAAAUAUGCUUCAAGGAAAAGUUCCAAGAUCACUGGGCAAUUGCAAGAAUCUCACGGUGUUAGAUAUUGCGGACAACCAGUUGAAUGAUACCUUUCCCUAUUGGUUGGAAAAUCUCUCUGAAUUGCAAGUUCUUGUCAUGAGGUCUAACAAAUUUUGUGGUACCAUUGCUCAACUCCCCCAAGCUAAUUCUCUCUUCCCAAGCCUGCAUGUCAUUGACAUCUCUUUCAAUAAUUUUACCGGAAAUUUACCAUUGCAAUACUUCUGUCAUUGGAAGGCGAUGAUGUCUGAUGAGGAUACAUCCAAAAUGCAAUAUCAAAGUCUCAAUUAUUCUACCUACUAUUAUGACACACUUGUAAUUAGAGAGAAGGGACAAUUGUUGAAAAUGCCAUAUAUUUUAACCACCUUCAUCGUCGUGGAUCUAUCCAACAACAACUUUGAAGGAAAGAUUCCAGAUGCUUUGAGCAAUUUGAAAGCACUGAUGGUACUCAACUUGUCUGGAAAUAGCCUCACAGGUCAAAUUCCAUUUUCGUUGGGGAAUCUAAGCAAACUUGAGUCGCUAGACCUUUCAAGAAACAAACUCUUAGGAGAAAUCCCAAGGCAAUUGACAAGUUUGACCUUCCUUGCAGUCUUGAAUCUAUCAUAUAACAACUUCAUGGGAAGUAUUCCGCAAGGAAACCAAUUUAACACUUUUUCAAAUGAUUCCUACGAGGGAAAUGCAGGAUUAUGUGGGCUGCCUUUGUCAAGGAAGUGUGGAGUAACCGAAGAUGGAGAAUUACCUCCAACAUCAGGGUUCCAACGAGAAGAUGAUUCAACAUUUUCAAUACUUGAUUGGAAAUUUGUCUUGGCAGGAUACUGCUCUGGGUUAACAGUUGGAUUGGUUGUUGGACAACAAUUAUUUUGGAGAAGAAACAGAUGUUCUGAGUUCAUUUCAAGAGUUGUGGCAUCCAAACAGAGAAAAAGGUCAAGGAAAAUCAAACACCACAAAAGAGGGAAAUGAAUCAAUCUCCAAGCCUGGAAUAAAUGAGAUUUGUCAUUGUAUCACAAUGAAAUGUACUUGUUUCCUUCA